GUUUGACCUUUCUAUAUAUCUUGACCUUUUUUCUCUCCAAACAUUUCAUCAGAUCCUUUGCUGCUUCUGUCUUCCUUUUCCUUUUCCUUUUCAUGUGUGUCUCCUUCUGUUUCUCGACUUUACCUUUUUUUCUCUCCUUUUUCACACAGAUCCUCUUCCUCUUCUUCUUCAUCUUCAUCUUCAUCGUCACCAAACAUUUUUUCUCAUUAUUUUCUGCGCGUCUUCUAUGGCGGUUUUACCAAGUGCUUCCUCCACCUUGGAAUUGACUAUAUCUGUCCCCGGCUUUGCUUCUUCACCAACUCUUCUGCCUUCAUCAUCUGUGAAAGAAUUGGACAUAAACCAAGUACCUGUAGAAGAAGAUUGGAUGGCAUCAAACAUGGAAGAUGAAGAAGAAAGCAGCAAUGGAGACCCUCCUCGCAAGAAACUCCGUCUCACAAAGGAACAAUCUCGUCUCCUUGAAGAAAGCUUCAGACAAAACCACACCCUAAACCCAAAACAAAAAGAGUCUUUGGCAAUGCAACUGAAGCUGCGACCAAGGCAAGUGGAGGUGUGGUUUCAGAACCGUAGGGCCAGGAGCAAGCUGAAGCAGACAGAGAUGGAGUGUGAGUACCUGAAGAGGUGGUUUGGGUCACUGACAGAGCAGAACAGAAGGCUUCAGAGGGAAGUGGAGGAACUGAGGGCCAUGAAGGUGGGGCCACCCACCGUCAUUUCCCCACACUCUUGUGAGCCGCUGCCAGCCUCCACAUUAACCAUGUGUCCCCGCUGUGAGCGCGUUACCACCACCGCCGACAAACUGCCUUCCGCCGCCGCCACUUUGUCCGCUAAAGUCCCACCGCACUCCCCUCAACCUUCUGCCGCUUGUUGACCCCUACCUCUCCGAUCUAAUCAGACAUGCAAAAACUAAACUACAGUUUUAAAACUAAAAAUUUAAUGUGAAAA